AUGGCCGACAAGAAGAAGCCCAGCAUACCGGCCUGGCAGCAGGAUCAGCCCGCGCCCGGCACCGACACCGGCACCGACCGCGAGCCAACCGAGACGACACUCGACCAUGCGCGAAAGUUCCUGACCGACGUGAAUGUGCGAGACGCGAGUACGGAAAAGAAGAGGGAGUUCUUGGAGCAGAAGGGGUUUGACAAGACCCAAGUUCAGGUCUUGUUGGACGAAGUCGAAGCUGCCACCCAGGCUUCAGCCAGGCAACCAGAGAGCGCCUCUGCGGCCGCAAGCGACAACGCAGGUCAACGGACGAAAGCCAAACCAGCACCCGAGGCGAAUACAACGGUAGCGUCUUCCACGUUCGAUGCACCACCGAUCAUUACGUACCCGGAAUUUCUCACCACCUCUCCUCGGCCACCGCCGCUGUUGACCCCCUCCCGCCUGGCCAAUAUUCUGAGCGUCGCCGGCAGUGCGUGGACGCUGAUGUAUGGCGUCGCACGUUUUGUCGUCAAUCCCAUGGUGGAGGACCUCAAUGAAAAGCGGUCAGAUUACUACAGUCAUGUGAACGACAAGCUUGCCAUACUCGUCGAGAAGCUCGAAGGCGCUGCGAGCGAAGUCCCCUACAAGAAUGGCAAGCCGCUGAGAUCGAAGACCGAGGAGGGCGCCUACGCAGACGACGAGAGUACCUUCAGCGAUCCGUCUGAGAUGUUCUACCGGGACGUCGGGGUACAGACUUCGCCGCCCGCCUCUCUCCCCGAACGAACCUCGUCGAACUCGGCUGAUGCUACCGAGAAGCCAGCGGAUGCCCAGGCGCGCAAGCUCGCUCGCAUAGCAGCCUCCGUGCGCGAACUGACCCUGAUGCGCACCCAAGAGGCGGAAAGAACUGCCGACCUGCGAACGACGCUGCAAGGCAUCCGCGACGCGGUUGAUAAGCUGGCGUCCCCGCCAAUGCCCGACUACGCCUCCAUUCACGGUUGUCUGGGCUAUGGCCGGAGCUCAGAGCCCGAUGACGAGUUCAAGAAGACCAAGGAUGCGAUACGCAGUGUCAAGGGCGUGCUCUUGAGUGCACGAAGUUUUCCAACUGCGACUGCGACGGCGAAAUAG